UUGUCGGGAAAGCUGCGAUGUUUGGUACUCUUCGAGGGGGACGGGUCCUCGUUCGCAACCUCCAAAGAUGUGUUCGCCGGCCCAAUCCUCUGUCGCUCGUUAAUCGGACGCUUCCCCUACCUCACCGGGCAAUUACAUUUCCAAUUAGAACAUUUUAUGUAUCGCCGUUGCUUCGGAACAGCGCUGGGGAAGCAGUGAGCCCCGUCACCAGCGCAGAUGUCCCAACACCACCCGAAGGGGAAACGAAGAAAUUGCUGAAAUUUGCCGACCUGCAUGGUCCAGGGCUGGUGGAUAAGAAAAUCGUGGAUGCUAUUCUAAAAAUGGGCAUUACAGACAUGACCGAAAUUCAAGCCCAGACCAUCAAUCACACGCUAAACGGAAAAGAUGUGCUCGCCCAGGCUAAGACCGGCACCGGCAAGACCCUUGCUUUCCUCGUUCCUGUCAUCCAGAAGAUAAUUCGCGACGAUCCGUCGUUGCGGACUGGUCAAAAAUUUCGGCAGCGUGGCGGUUCCAAUAUUCGCGCCGUUGUCAUCUCGCCGACUCGUGAACUUGCGGAGCAAAUCGCCGAAGAGGCCCAGAAAAUAGCCAGAUUUACAGGAGUCCAAGUACGAACGGCGGUUGGCGGGACCAGGAAAAUUGAAGGACUUCGAAGAAUCCAGCGUGAAGGCUGCCACCUUCUUGUUGGCACUCCGGGUCGCCUUAUAGAUAUUUUCAGCGACCCAAGGAGUGGGAUUGCGGCGCCGAACCUGAAAGCAUUCGUCUUGGACGAGGCAGAUCGUUUGCUCGACGACGGGUUUGCCCCUUCUAUUAUGGACCUGCAGACCUAUUUCCCAAAGCGAAGCGAGGUGGACCGUCAGACUCUGAUGUUCUCGGCCACCAUCGCACCCGAAAUUCUAAGCAUGGUUCGACGUACAUUGAAGCAAGAUUUUUCCUUCGUGAAAACCGUCAGAGAUGACGAAGCACCAACACAUUUGAAAGUUCCACAGAGGGCUGUGUUCCUUGAUUGUCGAUCGAACCAGAUGCCAGCUAUCAUGGAAAUCUUGACGCAGGCGAUUAGAAGACAUGAAACGGAUCCCGUUCAAAACAGCCCAUUCAAAGCCAUCGUCUAUUACAACUCCACAAACGAGGUUUCCAUAGCGGCCGCCGCGUUUAACGCAUUACUUACCGACCCAGAAAGCCGUUUCUCGCCGCAUCCCUUUGGUAUCAGGGGGAUUGAAAUCCAUUCUAAAUUAACUCAGGCCCAAAGAACGAGGAAUUCGGAUAUGUUCCGUAGAGCAAAAUCCGCUAUCCUGUUCUCUUCUGAUGUGACUGCUCGCGGAAUGGAUUUCCCAAACGUGACACACGUUAUCCAAGUCGGUGUUCCACAAAGCAGAGAGACAUACAUUCACCGCCUAGGGCGUACGGCUCGUGCAAACAAAACUGGUGAAGGAUGGAUUCUGCUCACGGAUCCUGAGUAUCGUGAGUUCAAGACCACACUCAGGGGCCUGCCUAUCCAGGAAGAUGAGGCGUUACUCAAGACUGCUAUGAUAGACAUGUCACGAGAGAACCCUGAUGCCCCUGAGCCCACAGCUUCUAUCAUUUCCCAGGCCAAGCAAGCAUAUAGCGGCCUUGAUUAUACAUUAAAAGAGAAGGCAUAUAUGUCCUCCUUAGGCUUAAUCCGCUCACGAGACCAGUUUCGCCAACUAAAUAAUAUGACGAAACAUCUCUGGAGCCUUGACUCACCUCCUCCUAUCUCUCUCGCAUUGGCCAGAAGAUUGAAUAUUCGUCAUUAUCCUGGUAUUGUUAUCGAAUCCGCACGAAGCGAGCCGUCGGCGCUAGGAUCGCCCCUCAGGGAUGAAUCUAGACGCCGUAGAAUGACCGAUUUCGGAGACCAGGAGCCAUACCAACAAUCGUUCCAGCGGAACGACCGUCGAAGCCGUAGAACGAACGGUUUCAGUGGCGAGGGGCGGUACGAACCAUCAUUCCGGCGGAACGACCGUCGAAGCCGUAGAAUGAGCGGUUUCGGUGGCGAGGAGUCAUAUGAACCGUCGUUCCGGCGAAACGACCGUCGAAGCCGUGGAAAGACUGAUUUCCAUCACGACGAACCACUUGAUCCAUUGUCCAUGGGGGACGAACAUGGAGGCAGUGGAAGCAGCGGAAGAACCGAUUUCCAACGUUCCGAGACAAGAACCCGCCGAUGGAGAUGA